UACGCAUCGUCGAUUAAAAUUUAAGUGAUUUGUGAAAUAAACUUCCUUAUGAAGUAAAUAUGGAAAUCUCAUUUUUGAUGGAAGUAUUUCACUUGAUCCUGAUACAUGUUAUAUCGAAGGUUCGAACACAAAACGGAGGUCAUAUAUCAAUAGAAGUGAUUCCCUUAGAUGGAACUGCUGUUUACGGAGAUGUGUCAUACACCAUACAGUGUACUAUAACUGGAGCUCAGGCUACAUCAUGGUCUUGGUCAAGAAGUUCAAUCACUAGUGGUACAACAACGACAAUAUCUAGUGGACGCAAAUACAGCAUAGUAAUGUAUCCCAAUGCUACGCAUUUAACUAUCAACAGUAUUGUAGUGCAGGAUGAACAGGAUUAUUUCUGUCAAGCGACAAUUGGUGUAGGGUUACAAUUUCAAACACGAUCAAGGCUUUUUGUCCAUGGAGAUCUUCUAACUGUUGCUAUGUCUCCAGCUAAUGCUGAUGUCCUCCAGGGACAAUCUCAAUUAAUCACAUGUAUCGUAUACGGGGAACCAGAAGCCUCAGCAAUAAUAUGGUAUUUUACACCAACUGCUUCUGAGCAACUGCAAUUAUUAAACACAAGCAAUAUUGCCAAAUAUUCUGGUGGUACCACUCAGAACCCUUCCUUAACAGUACUGAACUUCCAAUCUUCUGAUAAUGGAAACUAUGUGUGUUCUGCUGCAAAUACUGUUGGAAUAAGUUCCAGUUCAUAUUGUGCUCUAAGAUUUAUUAGUGACCUUAAUAUAACUGCUUCAUUGACAACACAUUCAGCUAUAGUAGGCGAUUCCAAAGUCACUAUGUCGUGUACAAUAAAUGGCGAACCACCGGCUAUUGGUUGGGACUGGACAAAAACGCAAGUUGAUGGAGGCAAUGCUGAAAUAAUAGCUCAGGGGACAAAUAAUGCUAAGAGACAAAUUAUAACUUCUGCAACCAACCCUAAUUUAAAUAUAUUCAGCAUUACAGAAAACGACGAGGGUAUUUAUAAAUGCCGAGCAAACAAUGGGAAACGGCAAUUUAUAAGUAACCCUGUCAAUCUUGAAGUUCUAGACGCAUUCGUCAGGAGAGCUCCAGGUGAACCUGAAACAAGUAGCCAGGUAGAAUUUCAGGUAGGAGUAACUGUUAUUCUUUCAUGCAGUUCUACAGGAGGAAACCCACCACCAUCAGUUGUUUGGUUAAGAGAUGAUAUUGUAAUGUCGUCUGGUACUAAUACAUCUUCUAGUGGUAAUGUAACAACUACAACAUUGACUCUCAAAACAACUGCCGUUGACGAUCUAGAGGUAUAUGAAUGUCAGGUAGAUAAUGGAUUCCUUCAGAGACCACUAGUAAAGACAACCUAUCUCACACUUAAAACUUUCAUCAACCCUCCAGGUCAACCACAAAUCAUAGGAUCACACCAAUAUCAUUUAGGAGAUACUAUAACAAUGAUAUGCAGUUCUACAGGAGGAAAUCCUUUACCAACAAUAAAUUGGCUGAGAGAUGACAAUGUCAUCACAAAUGGUAUAAGCAGAUCUGCAGACAACGGCGUAACAACAACAACUCUAACUUUUACUGCUAGUUUAGAAGACCACCUUGAAGUGUUUGAAUGUCAGGCGGAUAACGGCGUUUUAAAGAAGCCACUUGCAACGACAACAUAUAUUGAAUUGUAUUUUUCACCAAAAGUUCCAAUACUGACCGGACCUACAAACCUGAUCUCUGGAUCCUCAGGAAAAUGGACUUGUUCAUCAAUGAAUGGAUAUCCAGCUCCGACCGUUUCUAUGAGAAUCCAAGACCGAUAUUACACAAACGAGGUUAUUGUUGUACAGUCUUAUGAUGUUAUUGAUAGAAGUUAUACAGUAGCUGGUACAUUGGACUUGGUUCCAUUGUCUGACAAAAGUGGACAAAAUCUUUGUUGUGACGUUAGUCAUCUAUUUGGUAGCAAAGUUCCUCAAUCAGUUUGCUUGCAUUUGACAAUUGAUGAUAAAGAAGAUAAGAACAUUAUUAUAUACGCCGUGAUUGGAUUGGUUGCAGUUUUGCUGCUCUUCAUUUUAAUAAUGGCAGUACUUUGUAACAACAGAAAUAGUAAUCCUCCAAAUCGCAAUCGUGACAGAGUUUAUAAUGAAUUCAAUCGUAAUAGAGAGCAGAGCCAUGUUUAUGACAUACCACAAGACCAUCGAUAUCGCGAUAACAAUCAUUUAACGAUGGCACAAAGAACUUCAGAUCUAAAUCAUACUUACUUUCUACCAAUAAGCGGAAAUUCUAUGAUAUCAAGAACGUAGUGUUCGCGAUGAUCUAAAUGAAACAAAACUCUUUGAAAUCAACAGCGUCUUCCUGAUGUUUAAAUGAAAAGUCUUUAAAUUUCAUAAACUCUUAUAGAUGUAUACUUUUUAUUGCGUCAUACAAGGAAGAGUUGAAUUAUCAGCGAUGGUUCUGUAAUUCAUAUUCAAAGAGAUAAAUCUUUGGCAAGAGCUGCAAUUUUAAAUUUGUUUAUCUGUAUAUAUAUAUAUAUAUAUAUAUUAUGUCAUUUAAACAUAUAUUUGUCUUUGUUCAAUGCACUUUUAUCAAAUACUGGUAAAUAAAAGUAGUUUGUCCCACCAAAGUACAAAACAUUUUGAGUGUACACUUACAUAGGCUCAGAACAAAAGACGUAAUCCAAACUAAACAAAUACUUGAAAUAUGGUGGACGGGAAUAGUGGGAUGGAUUAUUAGAAUUUCAAUGAUAAAAAGUAGAACUUUAAACUAUUUACUUAUCUCCUGUUUUGUCUUUCUGUAUAGGUUGACCUUAAAUUGUAUUUUUGUUCCAAACUUAUUCAAUAGAGGAUUAAUAUAUGAUUCAUGUUCGCAUAUUUAUAAGUAUAAGUCUUAAGGAAUAUACCUUUAAGGACAAUAUUCACAUUAUACAUACUUUUUCUUUAAUUCGUGUCAAAACCUCUGUUAUAGCAUUGAAAAGGGGAUAAUUAUGUAAUGUUUUGUAAAUGAAUAGUAUAAUCUGCCCUGCAUGAUUUAAUUAGUGUGCUUUGAUAUUUUUGAAAUAGAAACGCCGUUUGAAAUGAUGAUAUUCAUUUAGUCUUCUUUAUUCACACUGUCAAUGCAUAGAACAGACAUAAUAUCGAAAUAAAACUGAUGUAUAACUUUCGUUCUUCAUUUACUGCAUCAUGUGCAUAAUAAUCAAGUGUUUGUAAGUGUUUUUAUGAAAAUUGCAAUUAACAUACAAAGGUGUAUUUAUCUUAAAUAAAAAUACAAGACAUUA